AUGGGCAGUUCGAGAUUGUCGGCCACGAGCUCAAGCCUCCACACCGCCGUCAGUCUCAAUCACUACAUUAGGUUCGAUGGCGACGCUGAGCCCGCCAUCAAGCCUUUCAUCGUCGUCGUCCGCUCGCAGUGCUUCGCUGUCAUCUUUGUCGGCGCCGCCUUCCUUGUCAACAUCCCCUUCGCCAUCUCUAUUUUCGUCGUCGUCGUCGACAACGAGCUCUCCUACUCGAGCGUCAACAGUAUCCACCUCGGAGAGUGUCGUAAACCCCACCUCAACCGCAAUAUCAACGCCCUCUUCACUCCUUACGAUGAGUCCAUCCAGUACUAUCUUCGGCUCUUCGUCCAUCAUGAGCGACUUCUCUUCAGCAAGUCAAACAACACUAAUCUCGCCUUCAUCACCUGUAUCGAGCCUGUCGACCGUGUCCAGCUCCUCCAUCACAGUGACUCCUCCGCCAAUCUCAAAUCCCUCCGGGACCUCCACAUUGAGUGCAUCGCCCACGGAAAGCUCUCCGUCCAGUACGGGUUCUUCGCCUGCCUCGACAUCCUCGCUAGAAUCAAGUUCCUCGCUCGUACCGAGUUCCUCGCCCACAAUAGAUUCUUUGCCUGGCUCGACUUCCUCCCCGACGACGAGUUCGUCAGCCGUGGCAAGUCCUUCAGUCACGUCUACGUCCUUGCCGUUCACUAG